AUGGUGGAGCGACUGCAGGGCCUCCCUCUCUUCUCUCGGCACGACGACAGCCACGCCUCCGACUCACCAUCUUCCAUCGGACAGCAAGGUGACAUCCAAAGUAGCUCGUCUGCCGCUGCCGACCCCAUCAUCCCUUCCACUGCCACGACCGCCACCUGCUUGUCAAGCAGCAAAGAGCUCCAUGAAAGCGAACUUUCAUCAAAAGAGAGUAACUUGGACAAGCAAGAAGGCCUGCCGACGCCUGACCUACCCCCAGGCUGCUCAUGGGGUCCUCCCAUUACACCGGAGCUCCUUGACGAGUACGAUCUCCCUCCUCAUCCCAUUUCUACUCCAUCCUCCCCUCAACGUAUCAUAUACGUCUCUUUCCCUCAAAAUUCGCCCAAGAAUCCCUUCUUCUUCAAGCCAUGGCGCAAACGGGCGAUCGUCGGCGUAGCGACGUGUUUUACGCUCAUGACGGCCAUGAAUGUUGGGGCCUUUUCGAUAGGGGAGGAGAGUAUGUGUGAAGAUUUGGGAUGUUCGCAGCAAACUGCGGCGGUGGGUUUAGGGAUCUUCUGUUUCGGGUUCGCCGUGACCCCAAUGAUUCUCGCUCCUCUUUCUGAGGAGUUUGGCAGACGUUGGACAUAUGUCAUAUCCGUCAUUAUCUUUCUUUUGUUCGAGAUCAUGCUAGCUGCGGCCAAGAACACGGCAACCAUGCUCGUCGCUCGGAUCGUACAAGGUUGUGCUGGAAGCGUUGGAGCAACACUUGUAGGGGGCACUAUUGCGGACAUAUAUAUGCCUGCAGAUCGCGGCUUCCCGAGCUCCAUCUUUGCAAUGGCAGGGACUGGCGGAAGCGGCCUUGGUCCAGCCGUCUACGCGUGGGUGGAGAGUAAUCCGAACUUGAGGUGGAGAUGGAUAUGGUGGAUACAGUGCAUGUUGAUAGUAGUCCUCAUCCCACUCAUUUGCCUCAUUCUGCCCGAAACGCGUGAAUCCGUCAUUCUACGCCGCCGGGCGCAUAAUCUUCGCAAAGAACUCGAGAAGUCAGGCAUAGAUGUUGGAGGACGGUUUACAGCGAGGAGCGAAAUCAAGAGAGUGAAGUUCUGGAAGGCUAUGAGUGUCAGUGCUACGAGGCCUAUCAUGUUUCUCUUGGUUGAACCGGUGGUGGCUUUCUUCAGUCUUUGGGUAUCUGUCGCCUGGGGUGUCUUAUUCUCUCAAGUCGGCGGAAUAUCGUACAUCUUCAAAACCAAUCACAACUUGACCACCAACGAAGUUGGAUUAGUCUAUCUCAGCAUCUUUAUUGGCGCGUUCGUCGGCUUUCUGCUCAACUUUAUCCAAGACGCUAUCUACCGCCGACGAGUCUCCAAAGAUGGUAUGGAGGCCCGGCUCUAUGGUCCCAUGGUUGCCGGCUUGACGUUCGCCGUCGGUUGCUUCUUUUUCGCGUUCACUGCGGUGAAAGAAGUUCAUUGGUUGGCGCCGUGCUUUGCCAUCGUUAUUGUCAUUGCGAGUCUUUUGACGCUCUACAUUUGUUGUGUCGUUUACCUGUCGGAAUGUUAUGGCUCUUACGCUUCUUCCGCCGUCGCCGCUCAAUCCUUCCUUCGCAACAUGUUCGGCGGCGCCUUCGUUCUUUUCAUCCGGAAACAAUACGUCGCCAUGACCCCUCGCUGGACGAUCUUCACCUGGGGUAUGGUAGGACUUGUGCUGUCGGUGGUACCGUUUAUCGCGUUCUGGAAAGGAGAUGUGAUACGGAGUCAUUCGAAGUAUAGCAAGCUGUUAAUGAAAGAGGAGAGGGAGAGGAUCGAGAGGGAGAAGGAGGUUCUGGAUGGCUUUGGGUGA